AGAAACCGCGCUUCCCCAAGCCCAUUCUGAUCGCCGCCAAUGCCUGACAUGCAUACGACUGUCAAGUCCUUUAGAAACCUUCCGUACACUGACAGCGAUGACCCGAAGCAGAAACUAGACCUAUUUGUGCCAGUGAGAGAAGAGCCAUGUCAGGAAGAAUCGCCUAUCAUCGUCUACAUUCACGGAGGCGCAUGGCGCACCGGAGACAAGUCUGAGUACGAGUUUCUCGGAGAAUAUUUUGCUUCCCGCGAUUUCCCUACGGCGGUCUUGUCGUAUCGUCUUUCAACAAAAACGCCCACUUCCGUACGGCAUCCAACACAUGUACAGGAUUGCGCAGAUGCGAUACACUGGUUAUAUACCCAGAGCGCUGCUUACCUUGGCUAUCGACCGUCAUCCAUAUAUCUGAUCGGUCACUCAGCAGGUGGUCAAAUCACCGGGCUGCUGACCCUGGAUCCGUCCUGGUUGGAAAAUUUGGGUGGUAUCAGCUUGUGGGAGGCUGUCAAAGGCGUAGUUGGUGUCGAAGGAAUAUAUGAUAUCCCAAAACUCGUGGAAGUGUGGCCGACAUAUGUGGAUUUCAUUCAGAUGGCUUUCGCCGAGGAUACAGAUACAUGGAGACGAGCAUCUCCUCAGUACUAUGCUCUGGAGGACAGGAAAUUACCGCCUUAUCUGGUAGUACAUAGCCCCGAGGAUGAGCUGAUUGAAGUCGCACAUUCAGAGAGAUAUUUCAAGCAUUUAGAAACUAUGGGUGCAAGGGUACUCUUGAAUACGGAAGUUAGAGGAAAGCAUUUUGAAAUGCUUAGAGAGAAGGCAUUUUUUGACAUCGUCAUCAACUUUAUAAACGAAUCGCAGCUAGCGAAGGGAUCAGCAGUAGAAUAGAUCAGGCUUUGCGAACCUCUCAAGGUAGCCAAAGGUUGUCUACUGAUCUACACUCGACGAGGAAGGAGGGCAGCAUUAGAGAAUAAACGUGUUUAUUUCUCUGCAAAUGCUAUGAUGUCGAUGAGCUGGAAGUUUCUACACAGCCUGCGGUU